CUCUUGGCACUCUGGUUAGGGGUUGCGAUAGUAGUUAUGGCUUAAAUAUACAAAUUUGGACCGAAAGUGGAAAGUAACCAACACAGCCACCCUGCUUCGCUCACACGACCACGGCCACUUUGCCUUCAUCUAGUUGGUUUGGAUCAUUAGGGUCCAUAUCCAGCACGGUCAAGUUGGAAACCCGCGUGCGCAUGCUCUCAAAGCACAUGUCUUCGCUCAGAUCUUGCAGUUCAGUGUGCCACCGCGUGCCACCGGUGGUGGUCAUCAUCGCCGCUCCACUUGACAUCGUCGAGAUGUCAUCGCUCUCUCGGUACACAAAGCGCGGCACAUGCAUGUCGGCGGGGCGCGAUGGGCGGUGGUCCCCCAACGAUGUCAUGGACGAUGUAGCUGAGGACAAAAAGAUGAGACUUGGAUGGUGGUGGUUUAGGUGAUGUUGGUUGGAGGUGGUGGUGCUGGCCAAACUCGCCAAGUUCCGCAGGCUAGCCGGCACGACGCUCUGGCUGCUCGUGCUGCUUCGCACGUUGCUGUGCUUGGUGAGAAAGAUGUACGGAUUGGGCGACAUGAACGUGGUCGACGGAUGCAGCUGGUCGUUGUAAUCUUUGCUGUCCUGGAUGACUUGGCUCGACUGGUUGUUGGAGAUGGAACGAGCAUGAGAGUAGUACAGCGAUGGCUGCUCGGACGGCGGAAGCUGCCUCAUUUUCACGGCAAACACCACGCCAAGGAACAUGCACCCGAGCCAAAUCGACGACCCGAGGUAAAACUUGGAUGUGUUGGUCCAGUCAUGAUCUCGUGGCUGCAUCAUCUUCGCAGUGGCUACAGGUUCUCCGACAGGUGGGAAUGCCGUGGAAGAAUUGGACCCGAUUAAAUGUGCUGCUACGGCUGGUUCCACGGCUGAUGCGAGGCUUCUGCUGUUGGUUGAGCACGGCGAGACGAACGUGGCAUUGACACACAAUGGUAUGGAGGGCAAGACAUCGCCCAUGACAGUGUGGACGAGACUUAUCCCUGCCACCGCCGCCAUCAGCACAGGCAACCCCAUGGGCACAGUCAUGCCAACGAGUAGUAAGUAACCAGUUUGCGAAAGCUGGCACGAAUUCC